CUUCGCAGCUGUACGCUUGUACAUCGUGCUCCGUACAACUCCAGAAUUUCCAGGCUCGUGUUUUGCUUGUUUACACUCCGCCGAAUUGACCAUUCUCUCUCUUCUUCAACUACUCCUCAAACCUCUCUUGUUUGGUCUCUGAAACCUUUUUUUACAAACGGAUAGAGAUAUAACAUACAGUACACGGAGCAAUAUAAUUCAAGAUUUGUUGAAGCCAACUUUUGAAUCAAACUCUGGUUUUCGAUCUGGGUAUUUAUACAGGGAGAGGUGAGGUUCUGCUAAAGCCAUCGGUGGUUAAGGAGGAGAAAUGGGAGUGCCUGCAUUUUAUAGAUGGCUGGCAGAUCGGUACCCGCUGUCGAUUGCUGACGUGGUAGAGGAAGAGCCAAGGGAGGGUGAGAACCGGGCGCCUUUGCCAAUAGAUGUGUCUAGGCCGAACCCUAACGGUAUGGAGUUCGAUAACUUGUAUCUGGACAUGAAUGGGAUUAUUCACCCUUGUUUUCACCCAGAAGGCAAGCCUGCACCUGCCACUUAUGAUGAUGUAUUCAAAUCAAUAUUUGAGUACAUUGACCAUCUUUUCUCAUUGGUUCGUCCUAGAAAGCUACUUUAUAUGGCAAUUGAUGGAGUGGCUCCUAGAGCUAAAAUGAAUCAACAACGUACUAGGCGUUUCAGAGCUGCUAAAGACGCUACUGAGGCUGAAGCUGAAGAAGAAAGAUUGAGGAAAGAAUUUGAGAUGGAGGCCAACCUAUUGUCCCUAGAAAAGCCAGAGACAUCUGAUUCCAAUGUUAUUACCCCUGGGACUCCAUUUAUGGCAGUGCUCUCAGUGGCGCUUCAGUAUUACAUACAGUCAAGGUUGAAUAGUAAUGCUGGCUGGCGGUUUACCAAGGUAAUUCUCUCUGAUGCAAAUGUUCCUGGUGAAGGGGAGCACAAAAUCAUGUCCUACAUUCGCUUGCAGCGUAACCUUCCAGGGUUUGAUCCAAACACUCAGCAUUGCCUAUAUGGUCUGGAUGCAGAUCUAAUAAUGUUGUCUCUAGCUACUCAUGAGGUGCAUUUUUCUAUAUUGAGGGAGGUGAUUACCCCACCUGGACAGCAGGAAAAGUGUUUUGCUUGUGGACAACCUGGUCAUUUUGCAGCUGACUGUCGUGGCGUAGAUGGAAAUGGGAAAGCUUUAAAUGACAUUCCUAUUUACAAGAAAAAGUAUCAGUUCCUCAAUAUCUGGGUGUUGCGAGAAUAUUUGCAACAUGAUUUGGGAAUUUCGAACCCCCCAUUUCAAAUAGACUUUGAGAGGCUGGUGGAUGACUUUGUGUUCUUAUGUUUCUUUGUUGGCAAUGACUUUCUGCCCCAUAUGCCCACACUGGAGAUUCGAGAGGGUGCAAUCAAUUUGCUGAUGUUCAUUUAUAGAAGUGAGUUUACAGCAAUGGGUGGUUAUCUCACAGAUGCGGGUGAGGUUUUUCUGGAUAGAGUGGAACAUUUUAUUCAGGCAGUUGCAGUUCAUGAAGACCAAAUUUUUCGGAAACGAGCUCGUAUACAUCAGGCAAUAGAAAAUAGUGAAGGGGCAAGGCUAAGAGCAAGAAAUGACAGUAAUGAUGAGCCACAGCCUCCUGAGGUGGACAAGGUGAGGCUUGGGGAACCUGGAUACAAGGAACGAUAUUAUUCUGAGAAAUUUGGUUUGUCAAGUCCAGUGGAAAUUAAUGAAGUUAGACAAGAUGUUGUUCAGAAGUUUGUUGAAGGACUAUGCUGGGUUUGCCGGUAUUACUACCAAGGUGUAUGCUCUUGGCAAUGGUUUUAUCCAUAUCAUUACGCUCCAUUUGCUUCCGAUCUUAAAGGGCUAGCAGACUUAGAAAUUACAUUCUUCCGUGGUGAACCAUUUAAACCUUUUGAUCAGCUGAUGGGUGUCUUGCCUGCUGCGAGUUCAAGUGCUCUUCCUGAAAAAUACAGGAGAUUAAUGACUGAUCCAUCAUCCCCAAUAAUUGACUUUUAUCCAACUGACUUUGAAUUAGAUAUGAAUGGGAAGCGCUUCGCAUGGCAGGCUGUUGUGAAGUUGCCAUUCAUUGAUGAGAAGAAGUUGCUUGCUGAAACAAAAAGGCUUGAGGAUACUUUGACGCAAGAAGAGCAACUAAGGAACAGUGUGAUGUUUGAUUUGCUAUAUGUCCACCCUAUACAUGCUUUGGCACCAUAUAUCCUGGCUUACUAUCGGCAUAAUGGUUCCACGCCUCCAAAGGAGCAAGUUCCAUGGCUAAUUGAUGCAAGUACAAGCGGUGGAAUGAAUGGAUUCCUUUGGUUAUCUGAAAGAAAUGGACUGAGAAAUGUGGUUCCUUCCCCAAUCCAUGGAUUGGAUGACAUUGUUAACAAUAAAAUUCUGAAUAUUACCUUGCUGAAUCCUCCUCCUCAUAAGCAUAUUCCAAAGCCUCCUGAAGGAGUGAUUAUGCCUAAGAAGAUUUUGAGACAUAUUGAUGUAAAACCCUUCCCUGCAUUAUGGCAUGAAGAUCAUGGCUACAGGCGCCAGCUUGGCAAAGAUAGGCCCCCUGUAGCUGGGGCAAUAGCUGGCCCUUCGUUGGGAGAAGCUGCACAUCGCUUGCUCAAGAACACAUUGAAUAUUGGGCAUGGAGGAAAUUCCGGAGCAUCGGACUCCAGAAAUUUCACCGGCAGCAAUGUGCAAAUUAAGCCAAGAGCUUGUGGAGCAUUUGGGCGAGAAGGGGGAUUUUAUGAUCAAAGUAGUUAUCGAAACUCAGCAGCUAAUCAUGUUGGUUACAGGCCACGACCAGCAGUACAAUCUGGGCGUUUUCAUGAUGAUCCUUCUUACUCGUAUGGUAAUAAUAAUUAUACACCUCGCAGUGCAAUGGGCAUUCCAAGAUAUGCACCCUCCUCCCCCUAUGAGUUUCAGGGUAAUCGGCAAAAUUUCAAGGGGCAAGAUAGAUUUGUACAUCAACAGUCCCACAGCAUCAGGGGUGGAAUGUCUGCCUUGACAAUUGAAGGUGGUGGUAGAACAAGGCAAAAUACAGCAAUUUCUCCUUCUCCCAGAGUACCAAAUUCAGUACAACUGUCUAACAUUCAGCCCCCGGCCCCUCCAUUUGUGAACAGUGUUAAUGUUGGUCCACUUCCAUCACCGCCUCCUAGGUGGAUCACUAAACCUGUAUCAGUAUCGGGCGGAGGGAUGUACUCCUCAAAGCAGCAAGAGGGCUCAAAAGCAGCAGGGCAUGAGAAGCAAGUUAAGAUGGUUUAUCAGGUCAAAAACCGCCCAGCCCAGAGUCUGCCUGAUGCGGGAUCAGGACAGUGAUGCUGCUUGCUUGCUUGCUUCAUUGUUUUUCCUUAUUUAUAGUUUGUAUAAUUUUGUUGAUGUAUCCUGUCCUUGUCCCUGCCCCUGCCCCUGCCCUGUAAGAGUAGAAGAGUAUCUAGUAAAGAAUGUAUGUCCAGAUUUGAAGAUGGAGGGAGGAGCUCCAGCAGCAUUUUACCUGAUUGGAGCCAGCCAAUUGUAGAUCAAGAUCCCGGAGGGAGAAAAUCCAUUAAAACCCUUGUACAACUUUCCAGUACACAUUAACGAACAAAAAAAGAUAGGACGAUAAAAGGUUGGAACACAUUCAUCCUUGUAAAGUUGGUUAGGUGUACUGUGUAGGGGAAAAACCCAAAAAAAAGUAUACAUUUUCAGGCCCUUCCUUUCUGGUAUGUUUUAACAGUGACUAUCAAUUUAUAACUUACGCAUUGAGAAAACCUACAAUGAAAAAUGGACUCUUUGAUGAGCUCUGUAUUAAAAA